AUGUCCACCACACCAAAUAAACAGGAAGUUUUCAAUGAUAUUCAGUCUGUAUCAUCAACGGAUUCUAAAAACAACCAUCGCUCGAAAGUCGUUGAACUCACUGAGGAAGAACUUAAAAGAAGAAACACAUGGUACUAUAAAUGGAGUUUGUUUCUCUGGGACUCUGUGGAUAAACAUCCUUUAGAAAGAUCAUUUCUAUUCAAACUGGACUUCUUUUUACUAUCAUCGUCUAUGCUCGGUUAUUUCAUCAAAAAUUUGAAUCAAUCAAAUGUCGGUACUGCAUACGUUAACGGUAUGAAGGAAUAUUAUCAUAUGAACGGUAACCAAUACAACUAUAUGCAAACACUUUGGACCGUUGGAUAUAUUAUUGGUCAAAUCCCAUCGAAUUUGAUUUUACAUCGUAUUUCAGCAAGAUAUUAUUUGGCUGGGUUGGAGUUGAUUUGGGCAUUUUUAACUGUGUUAUUGAUUGUUCCAAAGAGCUUAAAUGGGUUUUAUGCCAUUAGAUUCUUCAUUGGCUUAACAGAAUCUGGAUAUUUUCCAGGUUUAGAGUAUUUGAUUGGGUCUUGGUAUAGUAGAAAGGAAUUGACAAAGAGAUCCACAUUUUUUGCUUGUGCAGGUACUGCGGCUGGUUUGAUAAGUGGUCCCUUACAGCAAAGUAUUUUAGAUUCCAAAUGGGCUCAAAAAGGUCUUCACCCUUUUCAGUGGAUGUUUGUUAUUGAUGCAGUGAUUUCUGCUCCUGUUGCAUUUUAUACUUUAUUCACUGAUCCAAACACUCCAUCAACCACUACUGCAUUCUAUUUUACUGAAACUGAUAAAAAAGUUGCUUUAGAAAGAAGAAGAAGAAUAGGUGCUCAGUUAAAUACCAGAGAAUCCUAUUCAUUUGCUAAAAUCAAAUCAUUCUUCAAUACAUGGCACGUCUGGGUCUUGCCAUUUUUGUUUUUGACUUUUAACAACUCCUACACCCCAAUAUCUCAACAAGCUUUCCAAUUAUGGAUGAAAAAUGGUUUGAAAUUGAAGUCUUAUCAAUACAACAUUUAUCCUACCGCAAUAUCUGCGGGUGGUAUUGGGUUUUCAAUCCUUGUGGCAUAUACAAAUGAUUUCUUCCGUGGUCGUUUGAACCCAUACUUCUUGAUAUUUAUGUUUACUUCGGUUAUAUUCAGUUGUGCUUGCUUAUCAGUCUGGAACAUUCCCAUCGGCCUUCAUUGGUUCUCAUAUUUUGGUAUUGGGAUUCCCUUAAGUGUUGGUCAACCACUUAUAUUUUCAUGGGUUAAUAGAAUGCUUGCACACGAUGAUAUGAAAAGAAACUUUGUUGUUGUCUGUACAAACACUUUAGCUUAUGUCACUGGUGCUUUUGUUCCAAUUUUUACUUUUAAUCAAACACAAAAUCCAGAAUUUCAUAUUGGCUUCACAUACACAACUUGUCUUUCUUCAUUAGGGUUGGUGUUAACAGUUGUUACCUUAUUUCUCAGUCUACGUGAUGACAAAAGAAGGAAACAAAGUUUUGAGGAAAAAGGUGAGGAACUUCCAUCCUGGGGUUGA